AAUUAUCCUGCCUGUUGCCAAGCAGUUUCGUUUCAGUAUGUUGUUUUCUAAAUGGUUAUGGUCAGUUGGACCUGCUGCUGCCCAGGAUAAAUCCAAAGUACCUGUGACUGUCACCCAGAGCUCAGCUGCCCAUCAGCAACUUUCAAGAUGACAAGAAUUUUGACAGCUUGCAAAGUGGUGAAGACUUUGAAAGGCAGAUGGGAGUUUUGCAAUUUGUCUGCUGAUCACUGGAGUUUCUCAAGGGCUGCUACGAGGUUGUUGAGCAUCAAGGUAACAACUGCGAACUUGGUGCUGGAAGAUGGGAUGAAGAUGAAGGGCUAUUCUUUUGGCUAUCCAUCCUCCACAGCAGGGGAAGUUGUAUUCAACACUGGUCUUUCUGGAUACACCGAAGCCUUGACAGAUCCCAGCUACAAAGGACAGAUUCUUACACUAGCUAACCCCAUAGUUGGGAAUGGUGGCGUGCCUGACACAGCUGCUUUGGAUGAAAUGGGUCUCAGGAAGUUCCUGGAGUCUGAUGGGAUCAAGGUUUCAGGUUUGCUGGUGCUGGAUUACAGCCAUGAGUACAGCCACUGGCAGGCUGCUAGGAGCCUUGGAGAGUGGUUGCAGGAAGAAAAGGUGCCUGCACUGUAUGGGAUUGAUACCAGAAUGCUGUCGAAAUUAAUUCGUGACAAGGGCACGUUACUUGGGAAGAUUGAAUUUGAAGGUCAACCCGUGGAAUUUGCAGAUCCAAAUAAUCAGAACUUAAUUGCAGAAGUUUCAACAAAGGAAGUGAAGGUUUAUGGCAGAGGGAAUCCAAUUAAAGUUGUAGCUGUCGACUGUGGGCUGAAGUACAAUAUUAUCCGCCUGCUAGUAAAGCGAGGUGCAGAAGUGCAUUUGGUUCCAUGGGACCAUGAUUUCACCAGCAUGGAGUAUGAUGGGCUCAUAAUUUCUGGAGGUCCAGGAGAUCCCAUGAAGGCCCAGGAGGUGAUUCAGAAUGUCAGAAAGGUCCUGGAGAGCAAUCGUCCACAGCCUUUGUUUGGAAUUAGCAUGGGGAAUCUAAUCACUGCGAUAGCAGCCGGAGCUACUUCCUACAAGAUGCAGAUGGCCAACAGAGGACAGAACCAGCCUGUCCUGAAUGCAGUGAAUGGACAGGCUGUCAUCACUGCUCAGAAUCAUGGUUAUGCUAUUGACAGCUCUACCCUCCCACCUGGCUGGAAACCUCUCUUUGUGAAUGCCAACGAUCAAACGAAUGAGGGAAUUAUGCAUGAGACCAGACCGAUUUUCACAGCACAGUUCUACCCAGAUGCAAAUCCUGGGCCAAGGGACACAGAGUUCCUAUUUGAUUCAUUUAUUGCACUGAUUAAGAGAGGGAAAAGCUCAGUUUCCUCGGUCCUGCCCAAAGCUGGAGUGACAGCUUCCAGAGUGGAGGUCUCCAAAGUGCUCAUUCUAGGAUCCGGGGGUCUGUCAAUUGGUCAAGCAGGGGAAUUUGAUUACUCUGGAUCCCAGGCUGUGAAAGCCAUGAAGGAAGAAAAUGUGAAAACUGUCCUCAUGAAUCCCAAUAUUGCUUCAGUGCAGACCAAUGAGACUGGCUUAAAGCAGGCUGAUGCUGUCUACUUCCUCCCCAUCACUCCACAGUUUGUCACAGAAGUCAUCAAAGCAGAGCGUCCUGAUGGAUUAAUUCUGGGCAUGGGUGGCCAGACUGCUCUCAACUGUGGAGUGGAGCUCUUCAAGCAAGGAGUCCUACAGGAGUAUGGUGUGAAGGUCCUAGGUACAUCAGUUGAAUCCAUCAUGGCGACAGAGGAUAGAAAGCUUUUUUGUGAUAAGCUGACUGAGCUAAAUGAAAAGAUUGCUCCUAGCUUUGCAGCGGAAUCGGUUGAAGAUGCUCUGAAGGCAGCUGAAAAGAUUAGUUACCCAGUCAUGAUACGUUCUGCUUAUGCCCUUGGUGGUCUAGGGUCAGGAAUAUGUCCCGAUAAAGAAAGUUUGCUGGACCUUGGUACAAAGGCAUUUGCAAUGACUAACCAAAUUCUGGUGGAAAAAUCAGUUGUUGGCUGGAAGGAGAUAGAGUAUGAAGUUGUGAGAGAUGCUGCUGAUAAUUGUAUUGCUGUCUGCAAUAUGGAGAACAUAGAUGCUAUGGGAGUCCACACAGGAGAUUCUGUUGUAGUGGCUCCAAGCCAGACACUCACUAAUGAGGAAUUUCAGAUGCUGAGGGAUCGUGCCAUCAAAGUCGUCCGGCAUCUGGGCAUUGUGGGAGAGUGUAACAUCCAGUUUGCUCUGCAUCCAACUUCCCUGGAGUACUACAUCAUUGAAGUUAAUGCCAGGCUCUCGAGAAGUUCAGCUUUGGCUUCCAAGGCAACAGGGUAUCCAUUAGCGUUUAUUGCUGCCAAAAUUGCCUUGGGGAUCCCUUUGCCAGAAAUCAAGAAUGUGGUGACAGGAAAAACUUCUGCCUGCUUUGAGCCCAGCCUGGAUUAUGUUGUUACCAAGAUACCCCGCUGGGAUUUGGACCGUUUUCAGCAUAUGUCCAACCAGAUUGGAAGUUCCAUGAAGAGUGUGGGAGAGGUCAUGGCUAUUGGACGUACUUUUGAAGAGAGCUUCCAAAAGGCCCUAAGAAUGUGCCACCCCUCUGUAGAUGGCUUCACUUCGCAUCUGCCUGUGAAUAAAGCCUGGCCAGCUGUUGUAGAUCUCCAGAAGGAUCUCUCUGAGCCAUCCAGCACACGAAUAUAUGCAAUAGGCAAGGCAUUGGAUAAUGAAGUCCCAGUGGAUGUCAUUCACAAACUCACAGCCAUUGACAAGUGGUUCCUGUAUAAGAUGCGUGGCAUUGUGAACAUGGAGAAAAUCCUGAAGGAAGUGAACAGUGAAACAGUUCCAGAAGAGACACUGAGGAGAGCCAAACAGAUCGGGUUCUCAGACAAACAGAUUGGGAAAUGCCUGAAGCUGACUGAAGUCGAGUGCCGUCAGCUGAGACUGAGGAAGGAUAUAGUGCCCUGGGUGAAACAGAUUGACACACUGGCAGCAGAAUACCCAGCUGUAACUAAUUACCUCUACAUCACCUACAAUGGGCAGGAACAUGAUGUAAAAUUUGAUGACUGUGGGGUGAUGGUGUUGGGCUGUGGACCAUAUCACAUAGGCAGCAGCGUGGAGUUUGAUUGGUGUGCUGUCUCCAGUAUCCGCACACUGCGUCAGCUUGGCAACAAGACUGUCGUCGUGAAUUGCAACCCAGAGACAGUGAGCACAGAUUUUGAUGAGUGUGACAGACUGUACUUUGAGGAGCUGUCACUGGAAAGGAUCCUGGACAUCUACCAAUAUGAGGGAUGCAGUGGUUGCAUUAUUUCUGUAGGAGGGCAGAUUCCCAAUAACUUGGCAGUUCCACUGCACCAGAGCGGAGUGAAGAUCCUUGGCACAAAUCCUUUGCAGAUUGACCAAGCAGAAGAUCGCUCUGUAUUUUCAGCUGUUCUGGAUGAGCUGCAUGUGGCCCAGGCUCCCUGGAAGGCAGUCAGCACACUGAGAGAUGCAGUUGAAUUUGCAAGCUCUGUGAGUUACCCAUGUUUGCUGAGGCCUUCCUAUGUUCUGAGUGGAUCCGCAAUGAAUGUUGUAUUCACUGAAGAGGAAAUGAAGAAGUUCUUAGCAAAAGCCACCAGAGUCUCUCAGGAUCACCCCGUGGUACUCACAAAAUUCAUUGAAGAUGCCCGCGAGGUGGAAAUGGAUGCUGUAGCUAAGGCAGGAAAAGUUAUUUCACAUGCUAUUUCAGAGCAUGUGGAAGAUGCAGGUGUUCACUCUGGAGAUGCCACCCUCAUGUUACCCACACAGACUAUUAGCCAGGGAGCCUUGGAGAAGGUAAAAGCUGCUACAAAAAAGAUUGCAAAUGCCUUUGCCAUCUCUGGUCCAUUCAACAUUCAGUUCUUGGUGCGAGGCAAUGAUGUGCUGGUGAUAGAGUGCAACUUGCGGGCUUCACGUUCCUUCCCUUUUGUAUCCAAGACGUUGGGUGUGGACUUCAUUGAUGUGGCCACAAAAGUGAUGAUUGGAAAAGAGAUUAAUGAGUCAUCCCUCCCCACAUUGGAACAUCCCAUUGUUCCAUCCAAAUAUGUCGGGAUUAAGGCUCCAAUGUUUUCUUGGUCCCGGCUGAGAGAUGCUGACCCUGUUCUCCGAUGUGAAAUGGCCUCUACUGGGGAGGUCGCAUGCUUUGGGGAGGAUGUGUAUUCUGCCUUCCAGAAGGCUAUGCUUGCCACUGGGUUUACAUUCCCUAAGGAAGGAAUUUUGAUUGGAAUCCAGAAGUCCUUCCGCCCCAGAUUCCUCAGUGUAGCGGAGCUGCUGCAUAAGGAAGGCUUUAAGCUUUAUGCCACAGAAGCAACCUCAGAGUGGCUCAAUGCUAAUGGUAUCCCAGCAAUUCCUGUGGCAUGGCCAUCACAAGAAAGCCAGAGUCCAAGCCUCCCUCCGGUCAGGAGGCUGGUAAGGGAUAGGAAAAUAGAUCUGGUCAUUAACCUGCCUAACAGCAACACCAAGUUUGUCCAUGAUAAUUAUGUGAUCCGGAGGAUGGCUAUCGACAGCGGGAUUCCUCUGCUCACUAAUUUCCAGGUGACAAAGCUUUUUGCUGAAGCUGUCAAAUACUCUGGGAAAUUGGACUCCAGGAGUCUCUUCCACUACAGACAGUUUGAAAAUGGAAGUACUGCAUAGAAGAACUAUCUCCAACCUUCAGUCUUACUGCUUCUGGCACCACAAAACAGAGGGGUUCUCACAUCAGUCAUGUAACUGAUAAUACAUAAUACAUAACCAUGUAUUUUAUACCAUCUGUGCUGAUUGUAUUUCCACCUCACAUAAGUAAUUCCUAGCCAAUACUUCAGAUGGCUCAGUGGAAAGCCAUCCUCUACGCAGCCGCUCCAUCAUCUUCUUCCCAUUUCCACAGAGGAUCAGGUAUUAAUUACUUGCUAGGUCCAGUCACCACCAUAGGAGAGGAGAUGAAAGGAGAUACAAAUGAUACUACAUGGGCUUGGUUCCUUCUUUUCAUAACCAAGACUGCUCCUCCUUAGAAAUGCCUUCCUUGGGCCUGAACUCCCAGCUAUUCUCAUGCUGGACUACUAGAGCCUGGCCCCAAACUCCCAUAGAAAGACACGUAUUUUUCCCUUUCCAUUGCUGAUUAUUGAGGAUGUUACGACUUUAUGUAACAAACAGUCUGCUGUUUGAUCCACCCAGUGGUACCAUGGAUACCUGCCACAAUGAUAUAUGAUAGGAGCUCUUUAAAGGCAGGGGAACAGGAAUUCCCCAUGACUCCCUACAACAGCUGACAGACUUUAUGCAGCUAUGUUUUGCUUGGUUUGUAACCGUGGCCAAGAAUCAUCAUCUUCAGCCUAUAGAUUUGAUAGAGAAGAAGGCUGUUAUGUGUGUGUCUUGGAAUUGCUUCCAAGUUCUGCUCAAUCCUUCAGGCUGUCGUUACCAUUAUUAAUUCUGUUUCUGAAUUCAGGUAGCUCUCUCUGUAUCAUAAAGGCUGUUUCAGCUUUGUAUCAGGCUCCAGAAGUGGAGAACUCCCCCCAGACUUCUGUGUGUGGCUGUCCACCAUUUUGUCAUGACAUGGGAGCUGGGUACCACCCAGCAGUGCUUUUUCUGAAGCUAUCAGCUCUGAAAGCAUCAUAGAAUACCAGGUUAGAGGGGACCCUAAGGAUCAUCUGGUCCAACCUUUCUUGGCAAAGCAUGAGCUAGACUCGAUGUCCCAGCAUCCUGUCCAGCUGAAUCCUGAGUGAGCAGAGGCUAUGAUGCCUUUGGGUACCAUGGGGCUCUCUGAAAAAUAGGUGCUAAGUGCCAAGACCAAAUUUUGAACCAGGUGUGGACUUCAAUUCUGAUGUGGUUGAUAUCCCAAGUGCUCUUGUCAUGGGCAUUGCUUCAGUACUAACUCUUGUGGUGAACACAGCCCUGCCUGCCAUGCGCAGAGCUUUGCACUGUUAGAGGUGUUACUGAAAAAAACAAAACAAACACACAAAACCCCAACAACAAAAAAAAAACAAACCAAAACCCAUGCUUUGGGCAGAGGAGCCCAAAGCCAUCAGUGUUCACCCGUUCAGUUGUGAAAUGCAUGUCUAAUGGUGGUUGGAGAAGCAGCAUGGAAGUGCAUCCUGCAUGUUAUUUUCAGUGGCAAAAAUCCCACUAACAGCUGGUGUCAUCUUACAGCCCCCCACCCUGCUUUAUCUCUAGGAGUGGAGAAAACAACAGUGCAACACAUCAGAAUUCUCUUGUUCUUCCUCUUCUAUUUUGUCACUUCUCUUGUGAGCUGAAAAUGAAAUAAAUGCCUUGGAUU